CCGGGGAGGUCCGGGAGGACAUUCGGGGAGGGAAGGGGGAAGGCGCGCAGCGGGAGGAACGACGUUCGGGAAGACAAGGGAGGGUGGGAGGCUCGGGGAGAUUGGGGGGAAGAGGGAAACAUGGAGGGAAGGGAGGUUCGGGGAGAUUGAUUGAUUGAUUGAUUGAUUGAUUGAUUGAUUGAUUGAUUGAUUGAUUGAUUGAUUGAUUGAUUAUUGUUGUUGUCGGUCUUUUUGUAGUGAACUGUUAUCGUGCUCAUAUCUUUCGAACUUUGAGAGGGGGGGGGGGAGGUCUGGGAGGAGGUUCGGGGAGGUUCGGGGAAGAUGCGUCGUGUUAGGACUGAGGUUCGGGUUGAGGUUCGGCACGAGGGCCAAGGAGGUCUGGGAGGACAUUCGGGGAGGGAAUGGGGAAGGCGCGCAGCGGGAGGAACGACGUUCGAGGAGACAAGGGAGGGUGGGAGGCUUGCGGAGAUAGGGGGGAAGAGGGAAAGAUGGGGAGAUGGGAGGACGACGAAGAGCCGUAGUGAGGCCGUGAAGAAGCACUUCACGGAGGUGGGGGACAGCAGCAGAGUCGACAAGGGUAACAAACAGCGGAUCUGCAAUUAUUGUGACAAGCCUGUGGCCGGGACAGCGAGCAGGGCAAGGGACCAUUUCUUGACGCGUUCGCGAUGUGAUGUCGAGCGCCUGCGAGGUGUUGUGCCGAGAGAAGAGUACUCGAGGAGGGUGAAGGGAUUGGCUGCGAGGUCGGAGUUGGGAGUCGUUAUGGGAGAGACUGCCGAGCUGGGGUCGUCGGAGGACGACAACGAGCAGCAGACUGUAGAAGGCGGAGUAGUCGAUCGAUCGAAAUCUGUGGCGGGGCUCCAUCAUGAGACUCCCCAGUCGUCCACAGUUGUAGUCGGCCUCCGUCAAACAAUGAUCGAGGACAGUGUUGUCGUUAUCAUGGUGCACGAGCAAACACAGCGCGCAGUGGACAACUGGAUAACGGCAGAAUGCAUCCCAUUCAAUAUGAUGCGGAGCAAGUACUGGGACAAAAUGGUGCAUGCACUCAUGAAUGCGCCGAAAGGAUUCCGGUACGCGAAAUUCGAGAGUGCAAGGACAAAGAGGGUUGAAGUGACGAGGGGGAGGGUCGCGAAGAGGGUGGAGGAGCUGCGGCAGGAGUGGCCAACCACUAGCUGCAUAUUGCAGCUUGAUGCUGUGGGCCGAAUGGUGGAAGCAGAUCACUUGCAUAUCUUCUCGGUCCCAUGCACAGCUCACUCGCUCGACCUCAUUUUCGAGUCUUUCGCACAGAUCACGUGGGUGGGCGAAGCUAUUAAAAGGGCGUCGGAGGUAGCAAAGUUUUUCACGAACCUUUCGCGGGUGCGGGAUCUCCUCCUCUACUACUCCAAUGGCAGCGUCGUGGCAAAACCCAGUGCGACCAGGUUCGCCACGAACUUCAUCAUGAUGUGGAGCCUGCAGGGGUUGUACUUGCCGCGGCGAGCGUGUUUGACGGGCGAUGAUUGGAAGCCAGCGAUUGUGCACACUUCACAACACGAACUGUUUGUGAGGGUGACACAUUCCAUCUUCGACGACACCUUCAGGGCAGAUAUCGAGAAGGUGCUGCAAACGUCCAAGAACCUCCUCAAGCUUUUGAAGAAGGUCGACGACAUGGGUCCCACCAUCAGUAAGGUGUAUGCCCGUAUGGAUAGCAUUGUGGAGAAACUGAGGGAGAGCGGACACUUCACAGAAGCAGAAAAGGAAGAGCUAGAGGCUAUAAUAAUGCGGCGCUGGAAUACAAUGACUCCACCACUGCAUUGUGUUGCGCUGUUUUUGGAUCCGGAGUACAGAGCGUCGCGGCCUGAAUCGGAUGCAGAGAUUGUGGACGGGUUUUGGACAUGGCUUUACUCGUGGUGCAAGGAGGUUGCGUACAGGGAGGUCGACACAGAGAUCUGUUCUUGGAUCGAGGGCACCGGGAGACACACUACCGAAAAUGCAAGGACACAAACCCAUACGAUGCAGCCGGCGAGGUGGUGGAGGAAGUGGUACAGCGACAUGCCCAUCCUCCAAAAGCAAGUCGUUUGGCUUCUUGGACAAGGCUCCUCCUCCUCUAGUUGCGAGAGGAAUUGGAGCUUGUUCGAACCGAUUCACAGCCGUCUCUGCAACAAUCUUGGCGCCGUCAAGCUAAGCACGCUGGUUUUCAACAGAUGGAACCAGCACUUGUUGGACUUCUUGACCAAGAAACCGAAGGCCGACGAUGCGGCGAAGUGGGAAGAGGAUGAGACGGUGGAAGAUCUGACACGAGAUGAGAUGGUGUCAGAUGCACUCCUACGUUUGGGGGAGUGGCGUGCCCACUACCAAGAAACCGAAGGCUGACGAUGCGGCGAAGUGGGAAGAGAAUGAGCCGGUGGAAGAUCUUACACGAGAUGAGAUGACAUCAGAUGCACGUCUACGGUUGGGGGAGUGGCGUGCCCACUUGCGCGGAACACAUUCGGUCCACGCUGAUUCGCCGAAGGUGAGAAUGACGACUCGGGCUCCGACAAGGAGGACAUUCCUGUCCAAGCGCAACAAACGGCUGUUGCGGAG